AUCUGCACCAUUGGCAUUUUAAACGUCAAGACAACGCGGAAGUGAGUGUCUGAACUAGAGUCUUCAUUGAUGGACCUGUUUGGACGAAUCUUCAGUACUGUCAGUGCCGUGAGCAACCUGUUCUCGAACCCCUACCGGGUACGGGAGGUAUCCCUGACAGAGUAUGCGCGCUGUGUCUGCCUCAGAGAAGAUGGGCGAGUUUUGCUGUAUAAGGCAGCCCGAUUAUGGGACUGUCUUCUGCUCAACCCAAAUACUCCCCAGAAUGCCUACCGCCUGUUUCAGUUGGAUGUGGAAACGGAGGCUCUGCAGCAAUUCCAGGAACUUGCUGUUAAACUUCGUCCGUUCUAUGAGACUGCCAGACAGGGCCUUCGCUUGGACACGGUGCAGCAACUUACCGAUUGCUUGCGCAGCCACCCCAGUUGGUCCCUGGCACACGUGGCUGUGGAGAUUGGUUUGCGGGAGAGCUUCAGACAUAAUGGUAUUCUGAGGAGUGUGAACAGCACAGAAUGUGAUGGCGGAAGCACCCCCUUGCACCUGGCUUGUAGGAAGGGAGAUGCUGAGUGUCUGCAGGAACUGAUAGAGGAAUGCCAUGCCCGGCAAGACAUUGCUGACUCUAAUGGAGAUACUGUUUACCACUAUGCUGCCCAUCAGAAUAAUCCCCGCAUUAUAGAGAUCCUGUGCUCGGUGCCCUCUGUGGGUGUUUCCCACCUGAAUAACAGCAAGGAAACCCCACUACACGUGGCCUGCAGACUGGGGAAAGUGGACACUGUGCUUGCUCUUCUGCGUUGCCAGGCUUCCUGUGACAUAAUUGGGAAGGAUGGUUACCCCAUUCACACAGCCAUGAAGUACUCACAGAAGGGGUGUGCAGAAGCUAUUCUGGACAUCAAUGCGAAUCAGGCCAAUGCUGUGGACCCCCGUCAUAAAGGAACCCCUCUACACUGGGCAAAGUCAGCAGAGAUGGCUGUUCUCUUGAUACAGCGUGGUUGCAAUAUGAAUUCUCUCAGUAGGACGUCAGAGACACCUCUUCAUAUUAUGGUGAAAAGAGACAGAUUUGACUGUGCAAUGGUCCUUCUGGUACACGGCGCAGAUCCUAAUGCCAUGGGGGAACAUGGUAAUACGCCACUGCACCUCGCCAUGAAGAAGGACCAUCUAGAGCUCAUCAAAGCCCUCAUGGUCUUUGGGGCCGACGUGGAGAAGCCCAAUGACUUUGGGGAAACACCCGGACUUAUUGCUGCUAGAUCGAGCAAAGGGUCCAACCGCAAGGUGAUGCUCAGCAUGCUUUGUAGCGUAGGAGCAGACCGCUGUUUCCCCCCCGACACCCAGCUCCCAUCAGCUGAUUCCUCCCCGGUCAGAGCACCCGCAGCGGACAGAUCUAGAGGCAUAGGUUUUCAGGAUGCUGUCUACAUCUCCACUGCCCUCAGCAGCAUGUUGGUGUCCCAUGACAGCGUGGACUUCAAAGAAGAUGGCUUGAGAGUGCGGGACCGACUUCUGUGUUUGGAUGGUGGUGGGAUUCGAGGCCUGGUUCUGAUUCAGUUGCUCAUUGCCAUAGAGAAAGCAGCCGGUUGUCCCAUCAGGGAGCUCUUUGACUGGGUUGCUGGAACCAGCACAGGAGGUAUCCUGGCACUGGCCAUAGUACACGGAAAAUCCAUGGAGUAUGUGCGCUGCCUGUAUUUCCGUAUGAAGAAUGAGGUGUUCCGAGGCUCUAGACCUUAUGAGUCUGGCCCCCUGGAGGAGUUCCUAAAAAGGGAAUUUGGGGAGCAAACUAAGAUGUCAGAGGUGACAACUCCCAAGGUAAUGGUGACGAGUACUUUGUCAGACAGACACCCCGCAGAGCUUCACUUCUUCCGAAAUUACGAUCCCCCUGAAACGGGCCGAGAUCCCAUCUUUAAGAGGGUUGCUAGCUUUCAUCCUGUAACGAGACCAGAAGAGCAGCUUGUGUGGCGUGCUGCCCGUUCCAGCGGCGCUGCGCCAACCUACUUUCGCCCCAUGGGACGAUUCCUGGAUGGUGGGCUACUCUCAAAUAAUCCCACGUUGGAUGCCAUGACUGAAAUCCAUGACUACAACACAUGCUUGAAGAACAAGGGAAAAGGUGACUUAGUGAAGAAGCUGAGUGUGGUGGUGUCGCUGGGCACUGGAAAGCCUCCUCAAGUCCAGGUCAGCUCAGUCGAUGUGUUUAGACCAUCCAAUCCCUGGGAGAUGGUGAAGACCGUGUUUGGAGCAAGGGAGUUGGGCAAGAUGGUGGUGGACUGUUGCACUGAUUCAGAUGGGCCGGCUGUCAGCAGGGCCAGAGCAUGGUGUGACAUGAUAGACAUUUCAUACUUCAGGCUCAGCCCACAACUAGAAACGGAUGUCAUGCUGGAUGAGGUUAGUGAUGCGGUGCUGGUUAACAUGCUGUGGGACACUCAGAUAUACAUCUACCAGCAGAGAGAGGUCCUGCAAAGGCUGGCAAAGAAACUACUGGAACCUUGAAAACGGCAUCUGUGUGCAUCCAAAGUGUACACCAGAGAGAUAAAGGUACAGCAAACCUUUUAACCCCUACGUUGUUCUCUCCUCCAAGGCUUACACUUUGUAGGAUGAUAUCUUACAUCUUUCAGACACGUCUGCUUAAAUAGCAGACUCACAAACAGCAGCCUGAAAUGAGUCAAGAACAAAGUACACCGCAAUCCUAUAUAUUCCUUCUCUUAGCCAUUAAGAGCACUGCAGAUGAUCUACUGGAACAUUAACCAUUCUCCUCUGGACACUGUCCUAAAGCAAGCAUAACUUGGAAUUUCCUGGGAAACUAUACUGGAAACGACGUAUCUUGUUCCCUAUGUAUUUCCACAUUAACGGUUAUGUAUAAAAAGUGAUUCUGGUGCAAAUAA